AUGAACACCUCAUUCAACGGCAAGGAAGCUGUUCUUCUUAUCAAAGAUGAAUUUACAAGCAUGAUCUUCAUCUACCUUCUGAAUGACGCGACACAAGGGUCCGUUAUGACUGCUUUGAGAAACCACGAGGCAAUGGUUCAACGCCAAUGGAAUCUCAACAUUUGCAUUAUCCACCGUGAUAACGAUCGUUCUCUUCAGAGUGCGUAUGAGAGCUGGAUCGAGGAAAAGGGGAUUCAAGAUGAACCUUCUGCCCCUUACACUCCCGCUCAAAACGGUUCUGCAGAGCGAUCUGGGGGGAUCGCCCAUGCAGAACCACAGCUUCCGAACGCCUUCCAGCUGCUUCAUCAGUGGCUGCGAGACAACAACAGAGACAUAGGCUACCAGCAAGACCAGCCUGACAUCACGUUUCUCAAGGCAUACGGCUGCAGAGCCUAUCCCUUGACACCCCAGGCCCUUCAGAACAGACAGAAGAAGGACCUAAAGACCGACCUCACACAGAAAUCGGUUAUCUCGUUGGAUAUGAUUCCACGAACAUUUUCAGGAUCUGGAUUCCGUCCACAUCAGAAGUCCGAAGGGUCCGAGAUGUGA